GCUUGGUCACCGCCCCCCACCCCCGCCUCCGGGCAGGCAGCGGGGCGUGUCCCUGUGCCUUCGGUGUCCGGGGACCUGAGCGCUUCCCCCGCCCGCCGUGCUGUCCCCCUGCCCCGGGCCGCCCUCUCACCUAGCCUCCCGCCCUGGGCCCUGAGCGGGGUCUCCCUCCUGAAGCCUCAGUCGGCUCUCCACACCGAAGCCAGUGACCUUGCUGUGUGCCCUCCCUGCGAUGCCCGGGUCCCCUCGGAGGGAAUGGGGAGGCCUUCCCCGGCACCACUCUCUCCCCGCCCCCUGCACUCCAGUCACGCCGGCCUGCUGCUUCUGCCCACCUCCCUCCUCCCUGCCCCAGGGCCUUUGCACUUGCCGGUCCCCCGCGGCCUAGAACUCCGGCAGAUACCUGCCCGGCUCUCACCUCCUUGGGGCAUUGCUCAGCAUCACCUCCCGAGCGAGGGGACCACCUGUUUAACAUUACACCUCACCUUCCUCAUGUCCCCAUGCCCCCCGCCCUGUGUUUUCUGCACAGGGCUCGUCACUGUCCAACACGGUAUCUGCUGCCUGAAAGCUCCAGGAAGGUGGAGGGUGUGUCUCGUUCAGGCCCCAGCAGGUGCACGGUAAAUGCUGUAUGCUGAGCAGCUCAUUCGUGUGGGAGGACCGAGGCGCUCAGGGAAUCCUACCCUUCACACACUGUCACCCUCUGCUCAGGAUCCUCUGGGCCCCAGAUGUGCUGAUUUGGAAGAAGGCCUGGUGCCGCCCUCAAGGCUCUCGGACUGACGGGAAAGUGAUGGCUGCCGUGCCGGCCAGGGCAUCUGUGGCCCCAUGGAACUCAGUGACAAGGAGAGCCGGAACCAGGGAAAGGCCACGCUUCCCUGUGUGCCUGCCAAGUGGCAGAACAUCCCCCGCAAGACCUGCCUGGCACUGCCCUGGCCACGGAGGCUUCCUGAGGGCGAUGCCCCGAGGGCCCUGCUGUGCCAGGGCUCCCCCUGCCAGGGGCCACCAACUUGCUCUUUGGAAGUUGGAUCUACAGACUGUGGCAGAGGGAGAAGCUGGAGAGACUGUUUCAUUUUGCAGGCUCAGAUCCGAGUUGGAGAUGGAGCAGCACCCACGCUCACUUCUUUCUCCCGAGGGUGGAAAACAAGCCCGAACGAGGCUGAGGAUAGGGGAUGCCCAGGAUCAGAGAUGAGCCUCCUGCCAGAAGCAAGAAGUUCUGAGGCCCCAGCCGGGCCGGGGAAGUUCGGGAUGAAGGCAGCAAGAACAGCGGCAGCCACUCCGUCCUCCCCAGGCUGGUCGCUGGGAGUGGCACAUCUUCACCCACGGCCUCUACCUUGGGGUUCAGAUGAAGUCAUCAGGGUGACCCCCACAGCCUCUGCCCUGCCAGAGCUUCCUCCCUCCUUCCAUGUGGACCCUGAAACCUGUGCAAGAGGCCGGGCCCGAACACCACUCCUGACGCAGAGGGGAGCCAACCCCCUGCACCGGCCUCAUCCAUGGUCACAGGCCUUCAAGGGCUGGGCAGGGUCUGGCUGGGGGCAGGCAGAGCAGCUUGGGCUGGGCAACUGUGGCACAGGAUAGACAGCCAAGGGGCAGGAGAGAGGUGCGGUCCCCUCCCACUGGGGCUCGAGGAGGCAUCAUGGAGGAAGGGUGUGGUCCCCAGUGUGGGGGAAGGCAUGGGAGGGUUGCCCAGGGCUGGAUCAUCCUGAGCCACCUGCCCUCAAGGGAGGGUCUCUCUGGAAGCCAGGGUGCACAUCCAGGGUGGCGGGAAAG